AUGGUACCAGAACAUCCAGAGGGACUCGUCCGGGUGAAUGUCUCUGUCACAGGUUUCCAGCAGGUUUCCAGUGACACCAUGGCAGAGUCAUCUGUUCCACAUUUCUACAUUCUUACAGAGAAGUCUGAUCAGGAACCCCUGAAGCGUAACAACAGCCUGCUGUAUCUGCCACCUCACAUGUCUGAGCUGAAGGUUCUUGUGCUGGGGAACAACUGGUCUUCCAGGAGAGAAGUGGGGAACUUCAUACUGGGAGAGAGUUCAUUCAACAGUCACAAAGCACCUGAUGGCUGUGUGAUGGGAAGGAGACAGAUGGCUGACAAAAAAAUAGUUGUCAUCAACACCCCAGAUCUGCUCUCUCCCAAUAUCCCUGAAGACAAAGUUAGAAAAUCUGUUGAGAACUGUGCACGUAUGUCUGCUCCUGGACCUCAUGUGUUCCUGCUGGUUCUACAGCCUGAAGACUUCACUGAGGAUCAAAACCAGAGGCUCUGCAGAGUCCUUCAACUCUACAGUGAUCAAUCAUUAGAUCAUUCACUGGUUCUGAUAUCAACACCCAGAGAAGAGAGGUCAGGUUUCAGGGAAAAUAAACUCAGAAUCGUGCUGUUUGGAGACUGUGAAGAGGACAAGAUAACUCUAUGUAACUUCAUCACCAGAAAAGAAGCUUCUAUAUCUCAGAGAGACUCAGAGAGGAUGCACUGUGAGACCACUGAAGGAGAGUGGAAAGGAAACUCUUUCAUAGUUGUGAAAGCUCCAGACAUCUUCAGUCUGAAUGAGAAGACCAUGAGAGAAGAGGUGAAGAAGUGUGAGACUCUUUGUUCUCCUGGACCAAAUGUUCUGCUGCUGUUAGUGAAACCUUCUGAUUUCACUGAGGAGAACAGACGAACACUGAAGUUCAUCCUGAGUCUGUUUGGUCCAGAUGCUUUUAAACACUCGAUGGUCGUCAUGACAGAGAAGAAGAGAGGAACACAACACACUGUCAAUCAGCUGCUUCAAGACUGUGGAGGAAGACUCUACAACAUGUUUGAAGAUAAACACCAACUGUUGAUGGAGAAGAUUGAGAACAUUGUGCAUGAAAACAAAGAAACCUUCCUCACCUUCUCUGAAGAGCCUGAACACAUGAAACCAGCUUUAAACCUGGUUCUGUGUGGGAGGAGAGGAGCAGGGAAGACUUCAGCAGCCGAGGCCAUUUUAGGUCAGACAGAGCUUCAUUCAGUCUCCAGCUCAUCAGAGUGUGUUAAACAUCAGGGAGAGGUGAGAGGACGUCAGGUUUCCCUGGUGGAGCUUCCUGCCUUGUAUGGAAAACCUCAGGAGGAAGUGAUGAAGGAAUCAUUCAGGUGUAUCUCCCUCUGUGAUCCUGAGGGCGUCCAUGCCUUCAUCCUGGUCCUACCUGUGGGUCCCCUCACUGAUGAAGACAAGGGAGAGUUAGAGACCAUCCAGAACUCAUUCAGCUCUCCAGUCAAUGACUUCACCAUGAUUCUGUUCACUGUGGAGUCAGAUCCUGCAGCUCCAGCUGUUGAUGACUUUAUAAGAAAGAACAGAGACAUCCAGGAGCUGCUUCAGAGCUGUGGAGGAGGAUCUGUUGUUGUCAACAUCAAGAAGAAACAUCAGAUCUCUGAGCUGUUGGAGGCUGUGGACAAGAUGAGAGUUGAAGGAUCUGAAAGCUUUAGAAAGGAAAUGUUCACCAGGGCUCGGAGUGAUAAAGGUGCAAGGCCAGACAUUGAAGACAGAAGAUUUCAAGCUGAAAGUAAAGAUGUAAAAGUGCAGAAUAUAAAGACAGAGCCUCUGAGGAUGGUGCUGAUCGGGAAGACUGGCAGUGGGAAGAGUGCUGCUGGAAACACCAUUUUAGGAAAGCACUUUGAAUCCAGAGCCAGUCAGAGAUCAGUUACCAAGUCCUGCCAGAAAGCAUCAGGAGAGAUUGAUGGACGACCUGUUGUUGUGGUCGACACCCCCGGCUUGUUUGACACAGCUCUGGCCACUGAUGAAGUUGAAGAGGAGAUAUUGAAAUGUGUCAAGAUGUUGUCUCCUGGACCUCAUGUGUUCUUACUGGUGUUACAGAUCGGCCGGUUUACACAAGAGGAACAAGACUCUGUGGAACUGAUCAAGAAAAUAUUUGGUGAAAAUUCAGGAGAUUUCAUCAUCGUUCUGUUCACCAGAGGAGAUGAUCUGAAAAAUCAGUCAAUUGAAAACUACAUAGAAGAAGACUGUGAGGACUUUGUUAAAAAUCUAAUUAAAGAGUGUGGAGGGAGAUACCACGUCUUCAAUAACAACGAUAAGACAAAUCACACACAAGUCAGUCAGCUGCUGAACAAGGUUGAGACAUUGGUGAGAGAAAAUGGUGGUGGAUGCUACAGCACAGAGCUGCUAAAUAUUGAAAACAAUUAUCAGAAGGUGUUGAAAAAGAUGGAAGAGAUGCAGAGAGAGAAGGAGGACCUUGAAAGAAAACAUGAGAAUGAAAUGGAGGUGCUGAAAAGAAAAUUAGAAACACAGGCUUCUGAAAUGGAAAAGCAACAGAACUGCAGUGAAGAAAUGAAGAAAGAAAUGAGGGACCUUAUCCAGACCACUGAGACCCUGAAGAAGAAACAAGAAAAGGAAAGGAAUCGUUUAAAAAAGAGACAAAAAAAAACAUGUAUAAUCUUGUGA